AUGUCUUGGACGAGGGGUUAUUUCCAAUUUUCAUUUUUCAAAUCCCAUUCUGCACAGUUCAGGGCCUUCAGGCUAGAAGUAUAACUUGCAGCAGGGUAAACACACGCACAAACUUGUGCAUAUAUAAACACGCGCACCUCCUCACAUCUGAAAAAGAAAAACAACUCUCUCUCAUCUAAGCUAAUUUUACGAACCUCUCUCGAAAUUCUGAAAAUCAUGAGUGUAGUAGCUAAAUCACUCUCUCCGAACACCGUGAAAUUUGUUCAGUUCGCUCCGAUUUUGUACCGGCAGCUCUCGCCAAUGUUGAGCCGACAGCUCUCUACAUCAGCUCCGUCACGUGUUCCUAAGCUCUCUUCUCCUAGCGCUCCGACAACUCAACUCCGAUCUCUCGCCCCGUCGCCGUUAGCUGCGGCCGCCGCUCAGACCGUUCGUCACUUCCGUUCGAGUCGCGAUUCUAUGCAUAUGAUCAAGCCACCUGUGAACUGGGGGAUUCAGAUUGUGCCAGAGAAAAGAGCUCUUGUGCUGGAGAGAUUUGGAAGAUAUGUGAAAACUCUUACUCCUGGAUUUCACUUCUUGAUACCUUUUGUCGAUAAAAUUGCUUAUGCCCAUUCCUUGAAGGAAGCAGCUAUUCAGAUUCCAGAUCAGAAUGCUAUUACCAAGGAUAAUGUUAGCAUAUCUAUUGAUGGAAUUCUCUAUGUUAAGAUUGUGGAUCCGAAAUUGGCAUCCUAUGGAGCAGAAAAUCCGUUGUAUGCUGUUAUUCAGCUUGCACAGACAACUAUGCGUAGUGAGCUUGGUAAGAUAACACUGGACAAAAGUUUUGAGGAACGAGACACCCUCAAUGAUAAGAUAGUGCUGGCUAUAAAUGAUGCUGCCAAAGACUGGGGCCUAAAAUGCCUCCGUUACGAGAUAAGGGAUAUUUCUCCUCCACCUGGUGUAAAGGCAGCUAUGGAGAUGCAGGCUGAAGCAGAGCGCAAAAAGAGAGCUCUAGUUCUGGAGUCUGAAGGAGAAAGGCAAGCACACAUCAAUAUAGCUGAUGGAAAGAAGAGUUCGGUUAUUCUUGCUUCAGAAGCUGCAAAGAUGGAUCAAGUUAAUAGAGCUCAAGGAGAAGCAGAGGCCAUACUUGCAGUUGCAAAGGCAACGACACAAAGAAUUUCUUUAAUUUCAGAAGCUAUUAAGAACCAUGGCGGAAUGGAGGCAGCAACUUUGGGGAUAGCUGAGCAAUAUAUUGAUGCCUUUGGGAAUCUAGCUAAAGAGGGCAAUACGAUGCUGCUUCCUGCAAAUACUUCAUCUCCUGCCAGCAUGAUAGCUGAAGCUCUAGGCAUAUAUAAAAAUCUAACCAGCAAUACUCCUACGCCCGGCCUUAAGGAAAUCUCUGAACAAAAUUCUUCCGAAAGCAUCAAUGAUAAGAUCUUGUCUGAAGAGUCUGUGAAGAGGAACAAGAAAUGAUCAGAGUUGGUUGAGACACAAUUUAUUUUGUGAAAAUAUUUGUACAGUUAAGUUGACAGUUUCUUAUAUGCUGAAAGAUUUCUGGUGAUUAGAGGUUAA